ACCGUUUCGAGCUUUGACAGUGUGCUCGAGCAAUUCAAAUCAGAUGCAUCGAAACACAAAGCCAAUCUCAUUCUCUUCUUGGCUGACAAGGACCCUUCUACUUCUCUCAGCUGGUGUCCUGACUGUGUGAGAGCUGAACCUGUAAUAUAUAAAAAGCUAGAAUCAUCACCAGAUGAUGUGGCACUUGUGCGAGCAUAUGUCGGCGAUAGACCUACAUGGAGAAAUCCUGCUCACCCGUGGAGACUAGAUUCAAGGUUCAAGCUCACCAGUGUUCCAACACUAGUUCGUUGGGAGAAUGAUGCAGUCACGGGUCACCUUGAGGACUAUGAAGCUCAUGUCGAGUACAAAAUCGAUGCUCUUGUUUCUGGAAAAUAAGCUUUUUCUUUAGUGUCCUGUUACCUGGUUGGGAGUCCUUUAUGUUGAAACUCCUUAAUGGAUGAAAUAAUAGUAGUUUUACAGAUUAUAGAAUAUAUAUUUCAGGUGAUGAUGAUUUUGCAACUCCUUCAUGGAUGAAAUAAAUGUAGUUGCAGAUGAUAGAAUAUAUGCUGCAGGUGGAAAUUUCAGUUUUUGUUACUGUGAUCAAGUUAGUUGGAGGUUC